CGAGUUGCAGUGUUUGUCCAUUGAUGCUGAGGCGCUUUCUUUUUCGUUUCGUCUUUCUUUAAUUUUUUGAGAGUGAAAUCAGUCGCUCCAAAUUGGCCCGGAUACGGAUCCGGAAGCAUUGCGGCCCAGGCAGCGCAUCCGAGGUGGAAAAACCGCCCGAGGAUUGCAUCACAGUUCGGGAAAUAGUCAUUGAACGACCAUCUGUUGAAGAAGUGGUCCGAUUUCCCACGAAUAUCUCAUAAUCGUGGGCGCCCCCACCAAGGACGACCUAGAAACGCCCAGGCAGACCCCAAAAUUGAGCACAAGUGACAUCAUCCAGUUGGAGCACACAUCCGAGCACCAUGAUUCACGUCGGGGAGAACUCCUGGAACCUCCGGAUCUUCAUCACGGAUCUGGCGCUGGAGAAGACCCUGCGAGUACGGGGCGACCAACACAUUGGAGGCAUCAUGUUGCAGCUGGUGGAUCCGGAAAACCCAAAGGACUGGUCCGAUCAUGCUCUAUGGUGGCCAGCCAAGAAUGUGUGGCUUUCCAGGACUAGGUUGACCCUGGAUCAGUGUGGAGUUCAGGCGGAUAGCUUGCUCCAUUUCACUCCUAUGCACAAAAUACUCCGUGUCCAGCUUCCUGAUUUGAGAUAUCUCGAUUGCCGUGUGGAUUACUCGACCAAGACCUUUGGAGCAGUGGUGAAUCUCUGCAAGCAGCUAGACAUCCGUUAUCCGGAGGAGUUAUCCCUUUGCAAGCCCCUGGAAGCCGAGCACCUGAAGCGCAACUUUGCACAGGUGCCGCACCAGAAGCGAGUGCCCAUUGUCGAACCGGAUGGGACUACCUAUCUGCAGCCGGCAGCGGAUACGAAUUCCUUCGUGCCCAUAAAUGCCUCUUUCCAUGGAGAUGGAGGUAGCACUGGCAGCCUGGACAAGCCGUCAGCUCCUGGAUCCUUCUUCUGCGCGCCGCUAUCACCCCACAACCACAGGGGCAGAUCACCGAUGGCUUCACCAGUGCCAGGAACCUGGAAGCAGAGCCAGAUAGGCUAUGCCACCUACGAUUCGUCCUCCUCCAGUUUGGGCGAUUUCCAGGAGAACCUAGCUAGUUCACCCCCCACUCCGUGCUCGGAUGUUCGUGCCCGGCAGCUGCGUCCCAAAUCGCUGGUGGAGAAGGCUCGUUUGAAUGUGGGUUGGCUAGAUUCCUCCCUGUCGAUUAUGGAGCAAGGCAUCCGGGAGUAUGACACCCUGUGUUUGCGUUUCAAGUACUUCACCUUCUUCGAUUUGAAUCCCAAGUACGACCAAGUGCGGAUCAACCAACUGUACGAGCAGGCCAAGUGGACUAUUUUGAAUGAAGAACUGGAUGCCACCGAGGAGGAGACCCUCAUGUUUGCCGCCCUCCAGUUCCAGAUUAACCAUCAAACCGAUUUGCAGCCGCAAGGAAUCGAUUCGGGGAUCGACACCUCCAGCCAAGAGAACGGUGGCGAUGAUGAAAUCGACUCGGCCCUUAACGAGCUUCAAAUCACCCUCGAAGGUCCGAAUGGCGGCGAUCCGGCAAACAUCACCCGGAUUCCGGAACUCUCGGAUUAUCUGAGAUUCCUGAAGCCCCAAAGAUUCACGCUGAGAGGGUAUAAGCGGUACUACUUCACCUACCGGGAUUUGCAUCUGUAUCUGUUCAAGAGCGCCGAGGAAUCGCGUCGAGUGCCUCCCGCAAUCAGCAUUAACCUGAAGGGCUGUGAGGUCACCCCGGACGUGAAUUUGUCUCAGGGCAAGUAUGCCAUUCGUCUGGAGGUUCCGCCGGAAAGUGGAAACGGGCCGAACAGCGAGGUGUGGGUGAGGUGUGAAAACGAGCAGCAGUACGCCAAGUGGAUGGCUGCCUGUCGCCUGGCGGCCAAAGGAAGAUCCCUGGCAGAUUAUACCUACGAAAGUGAAGUCGAUGGCAUUCUCUCCUUGCUGCAGAUGCAGAGGCCAGUGCAUGGAAUUCAUGUUAACAUCGAUCCGCGUUCAGUAGAGGCUGCGGAUUACCUUUCGCCCAAAAUACUCCGGAAGCUGUCCAACAAGGCGGUUCAAAGGAUUCUCGAGGCGCACUCCAACGUUAGGGAGCUGAAUGCGAUGGAGUCAAAGCUGAAAUACAUCCAGGCCUGGCAAUCCCUUCCCGACUUUGGCGUUACCUUGUUCAUCAUUAAGUUCGAUGGGCACCGGAAGGAGGAGCUGCUGGGUGUGGCCCAUAACAGGAUCAUGCGGAUGGACCUCAGCUCUGGAGAUCACAUCAAGACCUGGCGAUACAACACCAUGAAGGCUUGGAACGUAAACUGGAAUAUUAAAUGCAUGAUGAUCCAGUUUCAGGACGAGAAUGUGGUCUUCUCCUGCCAUUCGGCCGAUUGCAAAGUAGUCCACGAGUUCAUCGGUGGCUACAUCUUCAUGUCGAUGCGGUCCAAGGACAACAACCAGACCCUUAACGAGGAGCUCUUCCACAAGCUAACGGGCGGCUGGUCCUAGGAAUCACAAUACUUCAAUUUAUUCAAUACCCCAAUUGUUCGAAUUUUUUAGAGGAAAACAACUGUUUUUCAUUGUUGACCAAUAACCUACUGAUAGACUCACCAACUUCAAUGCAAUACUUAUUAUAUUUACCACUUAAUUCGUUGUAAACUAAUCUUGUUGAUGAAUUUUAACCGCGGAAUCGCUUGCCAAGCGGGCCCUCUUGCCUGCCCAUGUAACUUUAAAACAGACUUAACCGUGGCCUUAGCAAUGUUUUUGUAUGACUAACUUUUAAGU